AGCGAAUUAAAAUAACAUAAAUGAUCCGGUAUGGCUGUAUCCUUCGGCCUUUUCUCUUGAAUAAACGAAAAAUUCUAAAGGGUUAGUUGGGUGAAGUGAAUCAACUUGGCAUAAAGCCCCAUUCAGACUCACAUUACUGAUUACAACUUUUCAGACUACUCAUAGUCUCAACUCUCAAAUCUCAACUCAAAUCAUGUUUUUAUUGCUUUCUUCUCUUGCCCUUCUUACUCUCUUAAUUCUAUUUCUUAUAUCUAAAAGCCACAAAUUUCAUGGAAGUUCAAGAAGCAGGCUUCUUCCACCAGGUCCCUCUGGGUUACCCCUCAUCGGAAACUUACACCAACUGGGUAAGUCACCUCUUCAUUGCACCCUUCAUCAACUCUCCAGAAGAUAUGGUCCCCUUAUGUACUUGCAGCUAGGUUGUGUACCAGCAGUGGUGGUUUCUUCAGCAGGAAUGGCCAAAGAGAUCUUCAAAACUCAUGAUCUUGAAUCCUCCGGUAGGCCGCUCCCCGUUACUAUACAAAAGGAAACUUACAAUAGAUUAGACCUGGUUUUCUCACCCUAUGGUGAAUACUGGAGAGAGGUAAGGAAGAUUUGCAUUAUUAUUCUCUUCUGCACCAAGAGUGUACAAUCCUUUCGGUUCAUAAGGGAGGAUGAGAUUUCCAUAUUGAUUCAGUCCAUCUCCAAAUCUGCUGCUACUUCAAAUCCAAUUAAUCUGAGUGAAAUGAUAUUUUCUACUGCAAACAGCAUAAUUUGUAGGAUGGCAUUCAGCAAGAGUUUCCAUCGUGGAGCAAGUGAAACAAGUAGUUUUUAUGAAAUGCUCGAUGAGCGCCAUGCUUUAAUUCGUAGCUUUGCCUUUGCUAACUAUUUUCCAUAUGUGGGUUGGAUGCUGGAUUCUCUCACUGGAUUAAAUACAAGGCUUGAGAGGAACUUCCAACAAUUUGAAUCAUUCUACAGACAAACCAUUGAAGGGCACCUUGAUCUUAAGAGGCAAAACCCUGAGAAAGAAGAUAUCAUUGAUACUUUGCUUCGAAUGCAAAAGGAUAAAUCAAGUGCAAUUGACUUCACUCUAGAUCAUAUCAAGGCAAUUGUCACGGAUAUUUUGAUUGCUGGAGUGGACACAACUACAGCAACCUUGGUCUGGGCUCUUACUCUACUAGCCAAAAAUCCAAAAGUGAUGAAGAAAGCACAGAACGAAGUUAGAAGCCUG